AUGGUAACUUUUGCACAAGAACUUAUAGAGUCCAGAAGACUAGCAGAACGUGCUUUAGCCCAGGGCGAGUCCGGUCCCAGAACAAGGAGCAGAUCAAGGAACCAAGACAAAGAUGACGACAAUGAAAUCGAAGAAACAAACCGUAGUGGAGAAGACUACGAGGAGGAGGACAAUCAUGACAAUCCCGAGAAGGAUUUUAACGACGAGAUCGAGUAUGUGGAUGAUGAAGGAGAAGAAGAUCCUGCAGGCACCGGAAAGAAGCCAAAUGGUUUAGUCGGAAGGCUACGAGAACCUAGAGAUUCCCCUGAGGAGGAUGACCAACCGAAAGGGUUGCCGAUGAUCAACGUCACAAGAGAUCCUAGACAAGGUACAACCGAAUGA